CCCCUCGAAAGCUCAAAGUAUUUCCCCCUCUAUGGGUCGCAAUCUGGUAAGCGGGGCCCAACGAUUUUCAACCACCAUCCUCCAGGUUGUCCAGUCCUGUCGUCGGCAAAACAGUUGCUUCUCCUCGCGCCAUUGCUCGUAUUCCCUUCGUCAAUUUAAUCCCCACCUUCCCCCCCCCUCUUCUCGAGCCUUUGGUACAGGUACAUUGGUCCAGGCGCCCGUUGCGAACAAUAAGAACGUAGCCUCAUCAGCCAUGGCAUCUAUUGCAGGCCUCCCCGCUGCGGUCGAGGGACUUUCCCUCCAUUCCUCUACUGAGACCUCCAAAUUCGCCAACUGCUAUCCUUCCCUGAACCCCGUCGAUAUCUACCGUGAACAUAUUGCGGAGAAGUUGGGCGCCGCCGCCGGCAUCGAGCCCGAGAAGAUCUAUACCCGGCUGCAAUGGACAAACAGUCUGGACAAGGGUGACUUGGUCCUGCCGGUGCCCUCCCUCCAAAUCAAGAAGAACCCCCAGGAACUGUGCAAAGAACUGGCCGAGAAGUUCGGAGAGUCCGACCUUGUCCUUCCUCCCAUCCCCUUUGGCCCUCAUCUUCAGUUCUUCUUCAAGCCCGCCGUGCUCACAAAGACCGUUGUUGGACAAAUCCUGAAGAGCAAGGCUGCGUUUGGUUCAAAUGGAAACCAGGGCUUGCGUGAUCCUGCAGACGCCUCCAAGGGCCGCAAGAAGAUCAUUGUGGAGUUCUCGUCGCCCAACAUUGCUAAGCCUUUCCAUGCUGGCCACUUGAGGAGUACCAUUAUCGGUGGUUUCCUGGCCAACCUCUACACGGUGAUGGGAUGGGAUGUUAUUAAAAUGAACUAUCUUGGUGACUGGGGCAAGCAAUAUGGUCUGCUUGCCAAUGGAUACGAGAAAUUCGGUAACGAGGAGAGCCUGCUCAGGGACCCUAUCAACCAUCUGUUCGAUGUCUAUGUCAAGAUUAACGCCAUUGUGGCGGAGCAGGAGGGCCCUAUCAAGGAGUUGAAGGAGCAGAUCAAGGCUAAGAAGGAGAAGAGCGAGGAUGUUUCAGAGCUCGAGAAGGAGCUCGCGCAGCUCGUUGAUGCUAGCGAAGAUGAGAAGGCUCGUCGUUACUUCAAGAGCAUGGAGGACGGUGACCCCAGCGCCCUGGCACUGUGGCGCAAAUUCCGUGACCUGAGUAUCCAGAAGUACCGCCAAACAUAUGCUCGCCUAAACAUCGACUUUGAUGUGUAUUCUGGAGAGUCUCAGAUCAAGCAGGAAAGCAUGGCUUCCGCCAAUGAGACCCUGGUCACGAGCGGUGUGUCGGAGCAGUCCGAGGGCGCCGUCAUUGUUGAUUUCACCAAGCACGGAGCUAAGAAGCUUGGAAAGGCUAUUAUUGUCCGCAAGGACGGCACCCCCCUCUACCUGACUCGCGAUAUCGGAGCUAUUCUCGAGCGUGACGAGGCCUACCAUUUCGACAAGAUGAUUUACGUUGUCGCCGCUCAGCAGGAUCUCCACCUUGCUCAGCUUUUCAAGAUCACAGAGUUGAUGGGCCACAAGGAACUUGCCAGCCGAUGCCAGCACAUCAACUUUGGUAUGGUCCGCGGUAUGAGCACCCGCAAGGGUACUGUUAAGUUCUUGGAUGAUAUCCUCCGCGAUGUCGCGGAUAAGAUGCACGAAGUCAUGAAGAAGAAUCCCGAGAAGUACGAGCAGAUUGCGAACCCCGAGGAGACUGCUGACAUUCUCGGAAUCACCUCUGUUAUGGUGCAGGAUAUGUCUGGCAAGCGUAUCAACGGAUACGACUUCAACCUCGAAGCCAUGACUUCGUUUGAGGGAGACACUGGCCCUUAUCUGCAAUACGCUCACGCUCGUCUUUGCUCAAUUCUCCGCAAGGCUGAAUUGGAUGUCCAAGAGCUCCCAUCGGCCGAUCUUGACCUCCUCACGGAGACGCAUGCCUCCGACCUCGUUCGCCUGUUGUCGCAAUGGCCCGAUGUGCUCCUGAACACCACCAAGACCCUCGAACCAACGACCAUCAUUACUUACCUGUUCCGCAUGACUCAUAUUCUGAGUUCUGGGUACGAUACCCUCAAGGUCGUGGGCAGCGAACCGGAGGUGAAGAAGGCGCGUCUGGCCCUCUACGAGUCCGCGCGACAAGUGCUCAACAAUGGAAUGAGGAUUCUGGGUCUCAGCCCUGUCAACCGAAUGUGAUUGGGCGGAAAUAUACAAAUAUUAAACGAAUUUUAUUUAGGCUUCAAAUACCAGACAUAUACUUUCUCUUCCAUUCCC